GUGGGAUACUUGUCUUUAUUAGUCAAAGAUAUUAAAAACAAAAUAAUGAGCUUAUAAUGAAGCUGAUGAUAUUGUUAGUUGAGCCACAGCUGGAGUACUGUUUGCAGUUCUAGUCACCACACUCUAGGAGGAAUGUAAUUGUAACAGAGACAGUAGAGAAAAAAAUCACCUGGGCCGGAGCAAUUCUGUGAUGAUGACUGGGGUUGUUUUCAUUACAACAUAUAAGGUAGGGGCUAACUGCUGGAAAAUGGGAUGUUGGAUGACUGGUGCGGACACGAUGGGCUGGAGGAUCUAUGUUGCAAAAAGUGUCUCUAAGCACCAAAGGCAACACACAAACAUAAUACAGGCAUUAGAACGCACACACCGAGGCUUUUAAGGGUUAAAGUAAUGAAAUGAUUUUGGGUUAAAAAUGCAGGUAUCAUUCAUGUCACUUAUAAAUACCCAUGAUGUUAGGGUCCCUUUCCUAGAGCGGCGAACGAGAACGACAGAGCGGACUCAUGCUGGGGAAAAAAAUGACUACUCAACUGAAUGAGAAAUAGUGGCGACCUAGCACCAAGCCUGAGACCCAUGACUUGAUUAUGCGUGGACUGAAGAGCGAGUUGUCUUUUAACCAAACAGAAAUCUUCCCGAAGUCGAUGAAGAACUGAAACGCCUCAUCAAGGUUUUUAACCUUCAGUCCAGGAGCGUUGAGCCACGGUGGAGGUCACAAGGUGUGCGCUAAACUAUCCGCCCCGGUGGUCCCUUCCCCGUCUGACAUUCCUUCCCAGUGACUCCAGACCGGGAAUUCCCCCCUCCGUUCAUGGCCCACCGCUUUUUAAACAUUUCCGAAUACACCGUCCCCGGUGUAUUAGAUUCCAAUCGAAAAAGUCUGGGAAAAACAAAGAAACCAAACACAACACGUCUGUCUCUCUCUCUGCGUCUGUAAAAGAAAGUUAAUGUGCUAAGUCUGCAAGGCUUCUGAGCAGAAAUGUCAACCUGUCUUUUCGUUUUAUAGAUGUCGACAGACGUGAACAUUUUGGUUUCCGAUUUUCACUUUCUUGUCCAGUUGCUCGGCUGAGGUGAACAGUAAAUGCAUUUUCCAUCCGUGCCAAGGUUAGCUGGAGGGAUCAGUGAGGAGUGACAUGUGCACGGGACAAUUGGAGUUGAUUGCAGUAUAUAUAACUAACGGCAUAUAAUGUAUAAUCGUCUCACAUAUAUUAAACACACUAGACAAUUUAGGACACAGUGACUAAUACAAUGACAUUUUUUUUAAACUGCAGCUAUCAAUAACUCUAGAAAAACUAAUGUGACGCUUAUAUCGUCUCUUUUCAGUAAUUCUUGCACACACGUUUUACAGCUGGAAUGAAAUCGCUAUGCAAAACCAUAGCUCCACAAAUGAAGGGCAUGUCAUGUGUGAAAUUAUGGAACUGAGCAAAGUACAAAGCUAAUGGAGCUAAUGCUCUGGCUUCUAAUGAACAAGACCAGAAUGAUAGUCAAAUCCAUCUCUGGGAGGGGGGGGGGGAAGUGAUAUAUUGGUUAAACUUCCAAGAAAUAAUAAUUAUUAUUUUUGAUGCAUAUUCAUUCCUAAUCUCUGAAGUACCUGAGCAAGUGACCAUUGUCAAAAUGCUGCUGUCCCGUGAUGGAACGCAUCAGAAUAAACAGGGCGCCUGUCGCUGAUGGUUUUGCAAACAGGAAAGUCGCAGGUUACACACACCCAUGGGUUCCACGGGUGUACUCCCUGUGAGCGCCGCUGGGAGCUGCGUCCUGAUCGUUCCGGCCUGGGUCCUGUCUGUCUACCCCACUAAAAGAAAGCGAGCUGUUGAGUUCUCACAUCACCCGUUGCUGUUUGUGGGAGCGGGCAGUGCCUGGGACUGGCGACUUCACAGUUGCGCCCGCACUUGCAAUGAUGCCUCGUGAGCCGCGAAGCACUUUACGAGGCUCGGGGCUGUGACAGGCGCUACGCAAAUGCAAGUUCUCCCUUCACCGUGUCAAUCAAACAAACCGAAGCAUCUUGUGGGGCAUGGAGGCCAUCCCACAGCUGUGCCUGCACAUCCAUUCACAGCCAAGCACACCAUCCAGACUCACUCAUGGAUAGAGAGCAGGAACGGAGGAUGGAUAGACACAAAUAUUGGACUAAAUAGCCGUCACGUGAAAACUCACGUUCAAUGGUUUCCUGGGGAGCCACCGGCAUUCUGCGUGCUGGGAGCAGGAGUAUUGGUCCCAGGGAGGGCUGUUCAUGAGAUAUUCUGAUCAGGAAUACAGUGCAUUCCGCUUUGCGAUUUAUCUUCACAAUACUAAUCCCAACACGACUGAAGCCCCUUUCAAUUUGGUUCCUCAUGUGGACAACAUUGAAACAGCCAACAGCUUUGCUGUAACAAAUGCCUUCUGUUCUCAGUACUCCAGAGGAGUAUUUGCCAUCUUUGGGAUGUAUGACAAGAGGUCUGUGCAUACACUGACAUCGUUCUGUGGAGCGCUGCACAUAUCUUUGAUCACACCAAGCUUCCCGACAGAGGGUGAGAGUCAAUUUGUGCUCCAACUGCGGCCAUCUUUGAGAGGGGCAUUGCUCAGCCUGCUUGAUCACUAUGAGUGGACUAAAUUUGUCUUCCUCUAUGACACUGACAGAGGUUAUUCCAUACUGCAGUCAAUUAUGGAAAAAGCAGGCCAGAAUGGCUGGCAAGUCAGUGCUAUCUGCAUAGAGAAUUUCAAUGAUGCUAGUUACCGACGUCUACUAGAAGACCUGGAACGAAAACAGGAAAAGAGAUUUGUCGUGGAUUGCGAAGUGGAGAGACUACAUAACAUUAUGGAGCAGAUUGUAAGUGUCGGGAAGCAUGUCAGAGGAUACCACUAUGUCUUGGCCAACUUGGGAUUCAAGGAUAUAUCGCUGGAUAGAUUUAUGCAUGGAGGAGCAAAUGUAACAGGAUUCCAAAUCGUGGAUUACAACAGACCUGUUGUUACUAAAUUCAUGCAGCGUUGGAAGAAGUUGGAUCAGAGAGAAUUUCCUGGAACUGACAAUGCUCAGUUGAAGUACACAUCUGCACUAACGUACGAUGGGAUACUUGUUAUGGCUGAAGCAUUCCGUUACCUCCGCAGGCAACGGAUUGGGAUUUCAAGAAAAGGAAAUGCUGGAGAUUGUCUUGCUAAUCCUGCUGCUCCUUGGGUUCAAGGUAUUGACACAGAAAGGGCACUAAAACAGGUACGGAUCCAGGGCUUAACGGGAAAUGUUCAAUUUGAUAACUAUGGUCGACGGACAAACUUCACAAUUGAUGUAUUUGAGCUGAAAAGUACAGGCCACAGAAAGAUUGGCUACUGGAGUGAUGCUGACAAGCUAGUUCUCAUUCAGAAUGAGAUGAUGUUUCCGAAUGAUUCUUCUGCCAUGGAAAACAGGACUGUUUAUGUCACUACGAUAUUGGAAGGUCCAUAUGUUAUGCUGAAGAAAAAUCAUGACACUUUGGAAGGAAAUGACAAGUACGAGGGUUACUGUGUGGAUUUAGCUUCAGAAAUUGCGAAGCAUAUCGGGAUCAAAUAUGAGCUUAAAAUCGUUCCUGAUGGGAAAUAUGGAGCAAGAGAUCCAGACACUAAAAUCUGGAAUGGAAUGGUGGGCGAACUUGUUUAUGGGAGAGCACAGAUUGGUGUGGCACCACUGACCAUUACUUUAGUACGAGAAGAGGUCAUUGACUUUUCCAAGCCCUUCAUGAGCCUGGGCAUUUCCAUCAUGAUCAAGAAACCGCAGAAGUCCAAACCUGGCGUUUUCUCCUUUCUUGACCCAUUGGCAUAUGAAAUUUGGAUGUGUAUCGUCUUUGCCUACAUUGGAGUCAGCGUGGUACUCUUCCUGGUCAGCAGGUUUAGCCCAUAUGAAUGGCACACUGAAGAACCAGAAGAUGGACAAGAUACAUCACCAAGUGAUCAACCACCCAAUGAGUUUGGAAUCUUUAACAGUCUUUGGUUUUCUCUGGGUGCCUUUAUGCAGCAAGGAUGCGAUAUUUCACCAAGAUCACUAUCUGGACGCAUUGUCGGAGGAGUGUGGUGGUUCUUCACCCUGAUUAUAAUUUCUUCCUACACGGCAAAUCUUGCUGCUUUCCUGACUGUAGAGAGAAUGGUGUCACCUAUAGAAAGUGCUGAAGAUCUUUCAAAGCAAACUGAAAUUGCGUACGGAACACUGGACUCAGGUUCUACAAAAGAAUUUUUCAGAAGAUCAAAAAUAGCAAUAUAUGAAAAAAUGUGGGCCUACAUGAAAUCUGCGGAACCUUCAGUUUUCACCAAGACCACGGCUGAGGGUGUGGCGCGUGUUCGCAAGUCCAAGGGCAAGUUCGCUUUCCUUCUGGAGUCCACAAUGAACGAAUAUAUUGAACAAAGGAAACCGUGCGAUACCAUGAAAGUAGGAGGCAACCUGGAUUCCAAAGGAUAUGGAGUGGCAACGCCUAAGAACUCCCCAUUAAGAAAUGCUGUUAACCUCGCAGUUUUAAAACUGAAUGAACAAGGACUCUUGGACAAAUUGAAAAACAAAUGGUGGUACGACAAAGGAGAGUGUGGCAGCGGGGGAGGUGACUCCAAGGACAAGACGAGCGCUUUGAGCCUUAGCAACGUAGCUGGAGUCUUCUAUAUUCUAGUUGGAGGCCUUGGUUUGGCAAUGCUGGUGGCUUUGGUAGAAUUCUGUUACAAGUCCAGGGCAGAGGCGAAGAGAAUGAAGCUGACCUUUUCAGAAGCCAUGAGAAACAAAGCCAGAUUGUCCAUAACUGGAAGUGUUGGAGAAAAUGGCCGUGUAUUGACUCCAGACUGUUCAAAGGCCGUGCACACUGUUCCUACCAUUAGACAGAAUCCAGGAUUGGCUAUCGUAGCAUCGGAUUUACCAUAA